ACAACUAUUAUACUUAAAAUACUCUUAUCAGUUUGAAUAUCAUUGACGCAAUAAUCAUGGCAUUUACAUCCACUUUUGCCAUUCGAGCAAUCGUCAUUAGAUUUUCAUCUAGCUUUUAAUGCAUUAGUUAAGCCUCGCUGACCCGGUCAGUAACUGUAGAUAAUAAUGUAUCUCGCUAACGUUCCGCGCAGUUCAUUUCAGGCUCUCAACAUAAGCGACAAUGCUACGUUACAUUCCUCUGUGUUUGAUUAUUGUAGGCAUGAUUGCGUCCGAACAUAUCUUCCAGAGAAAUGCCAAGCCCUUUUUUGUGCGCAGGUUCGAAUGUGACAGUGAAACUAAUGUGUACAUGAAAGUGUUGCGGUGCAAUUUGGAGAGUCCGCGUCAUUCGCCCCAGUUAAUCAACAUCGUCGUCAAUAUUGAACAACCACUGCCCAAGAUAUAUGUCAGCACUAACCUGUACGUAAAACAGCGUCAAAGUAUGAUGUUCGUGUACGGUACCACCUUCGAGUAUUGCGAGUUUCUAAUGCGCAACGAAUCCCGGCAAACGAAUCCCGUUGCGGUGCUCAUCUACAACUAUGCAAAGCACAACUUUCCUCAAAUAUUGCGGCCCUGUCCAUUGGCGGGAAUCUUUAACGUGACUGGUCUGCAUGUUGAUAGAAACCUGAUACCACCGUUCGUCACACCCGGCGGAUACUUUGCCGAGCAACGAUUCUUUAGCAAACGGAACGAAACAGUGCUCCGGUAUGAGUCGGAGUUUGCCGUGUCUGCACCUUCAAUCUUUAACAAAACCAUGACAUUGUUUGCCUUUAAGUAAGUAAUGCUACAGAAGGGAAGGCAAUUACAUGUAGCUACGGAACAGGAUGAUUGAAAUAAAGCAAGCAGAACGAAAUGAGAAUUCAUUUGAAGGAACUCCGGUCCGGUGACAGAGGCUAUAACAGCGCCGAUCUUCACACGGCAGGAUCGAGGUUCAAAUCCCAUCAAGAACACCUCCUCGUACACAGAAUUGACUAUUCAGCCAGAAAUAGCUGGUCAAAAUCUUCCGAGGUUGUAGAGCAAAGUAAGAAGAAGAAGAAGAUUGCCCAAGAAGAAAUAUAUUUGACAGUAGACAGCGUUUUUAUCAUUCAAGAGCUUUCCCAAAACCCAAUGAAUGUUUUCCAGUUUUCAUAUCUUUUUACGAGUUGAACAGCAAAUAUUUACAACUUGUAACAUUAUCCAUCGAAAUUUCCAUUUCCAACUCAACUUUACAAAUGUCAGAUACUUAUUACUUAGUGAUAACUGCUUGGCGGUCAUGGUCGGCUGCAUAUGACAUUUUCCGCAGACGACGCAACGCCAUGAUACCAUCUGCACCUCAUCUCAUUCUAUAAUAACUUAAUUGUAUGUUCUAAUUAUGCUAAAUCUACAACAUCAGUAAAACUGUUUAAUGAGGAACUUGUAACAGGCAGAAUUUUACAACCAGUUUUAUGAGGCACAACAAAAAUAGAAACUAACAGUCAGAAAAGAGUCAUCGGCGAUGAAACGUCUUCGAAUCCUGAUUCUAGUGCUGGCCAUAACAAACACAGCGUUUUCUACAAGGGUACCGAUAGAUUUUACAGCCAACCCCAAAAAAAAAAAA